AAAUUGCACCUCUAAGAAUCGCACUCCUCACAGCAUAUACUCAUUCAUUCAUUCACUCACUCACAUAUAACUCAAUAUUGAAAGUGAGAGAAUACAAAGAAACAAAAAAUGGAAAACUUUCCAAUUGUUGACAUGGGGAAGCUUAACACAGAAGACAGAAAAUCAACCAUGGAGUUGAUCAAAGAUGCCUGUGAGAACUGGGGUUUCUUUGAGUGUGUGAAUCAUGGUAUAUCUAUUGAGAUGAUGGAUACGGUUGAGAAGCUGACAAAGGAACACUACAAGAAGUGUAUGGAACAAAGGUUCAAAGAAAUGGUUGCAACCAAAGGUUUGGAGUGUGUUCAGUCAGAGAUAGAUGAUUUGGAUUGGGAAAGCACUUUCUUUUUGCGCCAUCUUCCUGUUUCCAGUAUCUCAGAGAUCCCAGAUCUUGAUGAUGAUUACAGGAAGGUGAUGAAGGAAUUUGCGUUGAAAUUGGAAGAACUUGCGGAGGAACUUCUUGACUUGUUGUGUGAGAAUCUUGGGCUUGAGAAAGGGUAUUUGAAGAAGGCUUUUUAUGGAUCAAAGGGUCCAAAUUUUGGGACGAAAGUUAGUAACUACCCUCCUUGUCCUAAACCGGAACUCAUCAAGGGACUUAGAGCUCACACAGAUGCCGGCGGAAUCAUUCUUCUCUUCCAAGAUGACAAAGUCAGUGGACUUCAGCUUCUCAAAGAUGACCAAUGGAUUGAUGUCCCUCCAAUGCGUCACUCUAUUGUCAUCAAUCUUGGUGAUCAACUCGAGGUGAUAACCAAUGGAAAGUACAAGAGUGUGAUGCAUAGAGUAAUAGCACAAACAGAUGGUGCUAGAAUGUCCAUAGCAUCCUUCUACAAUCCAGGGGAUGAUGCUGUGAUUUCACCAGCUUCAACCUUAUUGAAGGAAAAUGAAACAAGUGAAGUUUAUCCAAAGUUUGUGUUUGAUGAUUACAUGAAACUCUACAUGGGACUCAAGUUCCAAGCUAAAGAGCCUAGAUUUGAAGCUAUGAUGAAAGCCAUGUCAAGUGUUAAAGUGGGACCAGUAGUAAGCAUAUGAUUAUGUGUGUGGUUUAUAUUACUAAGGUAUUAUUAAUGUUUGGUUGGUGUUUUAAGAUUGUGCAGUGUCUAAAGUGUUAUAUUAAAAAAAAUAAAGUAUGAUCUUAGAUUGUGUGUGACAAUUAAUCAGUUAUGAUUAAGUGAUUAAGUUUAUGUAAUGCGAUGCAGUGAUUUAUAAAAUUAUAACUGUUUUUAUAAAGCAAAA